AUGGGAAAAAUAUUUGAUUAUGAUGUUAAUUCUUCAAUUGAUGGUUUAUUACAUAGUAAUGAACAUUUAACAAAAGAUUCUGAAUCAUUAAGAAUUAUUACAAGAAAAGAUAAAACAACAAAAACUGCUCUUUUAUCUGGCGGUGGAUCUGGUCAUGAACCAUUUGCGGGUGGUUUAGUAGGGUUAGGUGGAUUAACAGGUGCUGUUAUAGGAGAUUUAUUUACAUCACCAUCAAUUAAAAAUAUUAUUAAAGCUAUUGAUUCAUUAAAAGAGUAUGAUAAUAUUAUAGUUUUUGUACUUAACUAUACUGGUGAUAUAUUAAAUUUUACCAAUGCAAUAGACAAAUAUACUGGAGAAAAAAAUAUUUAUAUGAUAAUUAUUGAUGAUGACAUAACUCAUGAAAAUUUAAAUCUAAAAACUGGUAGAAGAGGAAUUGCUGGUAGUGUACUUUUAUUAAAAAUUGCUGGAAAUUUAGUUGAAAAAAAUUUAGAUUGUUUAGAGAUAGUUGAAGAGUGUAGAAAGAUUGUUAAUAAUAUGGCGUCAUUAGGUGUUUGUGAAGUUGAAGAGAAUAUUCUUGAAAUUGGAUUAGGUAUUCAUAGAGAGCCUGGUUUUGAUAGAAUUAAUAAAGGAAAUGGAAGAGAAUUAAUAAAUAAAAUGUUAAUAAGACUUUUAGAAUCAGAAAGAAUUAAAGAUAAUAAUUCAAAAAAAAUUGUUUAUAUUAAUAAUCUUGGAGGUAUGAGUGAGCUUGAAGCUGGAAUUUUAAAAUGUUUUGUUGUUGAUGAAGUAAAAAAACAUAAUAUUAUUUGUGGAGUAUAUUAUGGUAGAUUAAUGACUAGUUUAAGUUCAAAUGGAUUUAGUUUAACAGUUCUUAAUUUAGAAAAUAAUUCAUGGCUUGAAGAUAUAGAUAAAGAGUAUGAAAGUAUUCCAUUACAAAAAUUAAAUUUUACUCGUAUACCAUCUAAAAUUAAACCUUUACGAUAUUUUAAAAAUGAGAUAAAUUUUGAUAAAAAAAUUGAAUUUAUAUUAAUAAAUAUAUGUGAUAUUUUUAUGAAAAAAAAAAAAGAAAUAAAUCAACUUGAUAAAGUUUGUGGUGAUGGUGAUUGUGGAGAUGCUUUUGAAAGAGCUGCAAUUGAAAUAUUAAAACGUAUAAAUGAAUGUUCAAUUGAUUUAUCUUCAAUUAAGAAUGCUUGUCUUGAUAUAGCUGAUGUUUUUGAAGAUGUUGUUGGAGGAACAACAGGAGCAUUAUACUCAGUAUUUUUAUCUUCUGCUUCAAGAUACGCCGAUCAUGAUAUUAUAAAAAGUUUGGAGGAAGGAGUUAAUGCUAUAAUACAAUUUGGUGGAGCUCAACCAGGUGAUAGAACAAUGAUAGAUCCUUUAUACAAAGCUAUAAUAAUAGCAAAAAAUUUGGAAAAAGAAGAAAAAAAUAAAGAAUAUUGGGAAAAAAUAAUAAAAAAUGUAGAGGAAGAAGUUUCCAAUACAUCUUUAAUGAAAGCUAUGUCUGGUAGGGCAUCAUACACAAAUUUUAGUGAUCAAAAAUCAGUUGAUGCUGGUGCUUUUGCAGUUUACCUUUGGAUGAAAGCUAUUUAUGAUAAAGUUUAUGUCAAGGGCAUUUUUUAG